AUGAUAUACCCCAAUAGGUUGUCGAGAAUCGAGAUGUCCCUACGAGCCAAGGCGGAGAGAUGGGACCACGGAAUCCCCGACGCCCUGGCGAGCCAUUCCCGAGCGGGUGCUGGGUUCCCGGACGUUACAGCGCAGCAAGAAGAGAAUCUGUUCGCCAAUAGAGUGUCGCAAGUGAAUAGAGAAUCGUCCGCCAAUAGCGUUGCGGUUACCAGCCACGGGUGCUCUAGAUCUCCCGCUAUUUCAGCCAUGGCAACCACUCAAAUGUUAUGUGCCAGUAGCACUGCCGUCCUUCUGGCACCCAAGAGCUCGCUAGGGGUCCCUAGCUUCCAAGGCCUUGCUGGAGCCAAGGCCUUGACAUCUUCACCGAAACUGGUGGUUUCCAGAGCCCUCAACAACAGACGGACCGCAACACGGACACUUGUUGUGGCAGAUUCUGAUUACAGGAGAGAGAGUGGAGGCGGGUUUUUACCUGGUUUCGUUCUAGGUGGCGUUGUAUUCGGUGCUCUCGGCUACCUGUUCGCACCUCAGAUCUCAAAGGCCAUUCUCGGAACGAACGAGGAGGGUUCCUCACCGAAACUCCCUAAGUGGAUUAGCGAGAGUGAUAACCUCGAGGAGAAGCGGAGGAAAAUGAAUGAGAAGCUUGCUGAGCUGAACCGAGCAAUUGACAAGACGUCGGCAGAGCUGAAGGGGAGUGACUUCGCUGAAGCUCCCACCAAUAGGCGCACUCCUAACGCCCCUCUAGUCCCUGCCUCCCUUUCCUUCACAUUCCUCUUGAUGCCUCAUUCCAUCCUAUCUUCAUCCAUGUCUUUCCUCUUCUUUCCCCCUUUUCCCCACCUUCCUGCUUUGCUCCCCCCACCCAUCAUCCUCCUCCCUCUUGCUGCCUAUUUCUCUGUCCACCCCAGUCCGUCUCCCUAG